AUGACGAGUUGCGACGGCCAACAUCGUCACCUCGCAAUUUCACAAGUACGAAUCGAAGUCAAAGAGUCAAAAACCAUCACAGUCAAGAACCAUCACAGUCAAGAACCAUCACGGUCAAGAACCAUCACAGUCAAGAACCAUCACGGUCAAGAACCAUCACAGUCAAGAACCAUCACAGUCAAUAACCAUCACGGUCAAGAACCAUCACGGUCAAGAACCAUCACAGUCAAGAACCAUCACAGUCAAGAACCAUCACGGUCAAGAACCAUCACAGUCAAGAACCAUCACGGUCAAGAACCAUCAAAGUCAAGAACCAUCACGGGAACCAUCACAGUCAAGAACCAUCACAGUCAAGAACCAUCACGGUCAAGAUCCAUCACAGUCAAGAACCAUCACGGUCAAGAACCAUCACAGUCAAGAACCAUCACAGUCAAGAACCAUCACGGUCAAGAACCAUCACAGUCAAGAACCAUCACGGUCAAGAACCAUCACAGUCAAGAACCAUCACGGUCAAGAACCAUCACGGUCAAGAACCAUCAUGGUCAAGAACCAUCACGGUCAAGAACCAUCACAGUCAAGAACCAUCACGGUCAAGAACCAUCACAGUCAAGAACCAUCACGGUCAAGAACCAUCACAGUCAAGAACCAUCACAGUCAAGAACCAUCACGGUCAAGAACCAUCACGGUCAAGAACCAUCACAGUCAAGAACCAUCACGGUCAAGAACCAUCACAGUCAAGAACCAUCACGGUCAAGAACCAUCACGGUCAAGAACCAUCACAGUCUAGAACCAUCACAGUCAAGAACCAUCAUGGUCAAGAACCAUCACGGUCAAGAACCAUCACGGUCAAGAACCAUCACGGCCAAGAACCAUCACGGUCAAGAACCAUCACGGUCAAGAACCAUCACGGCCAAGAACCAUCACGGCCAAGAACCAUCACGGUCAAGAACCAUCACGGCCAAGAACCAUCACGGGCAAGAACCAUCACAGUCAAGAACCAUCACGGUCAAGAACCAUCACGGCCAAGAACCAUCACGGUCAAGAACAAUCACGGUCAAGAACCAUCACGGCCAAGAACCAUCACGGCCAAGAACCAUCACGGCCAAGAACCAUCACGGGAACCAUCACAGUCAAGAACCAUCACGGUCAAGAUCCAUCACAGUCAAGAACCAUCAUGGUCAAGAACCAUCACGGUCAAGAACCAUCACGGUCAAGAACCAUCACAGUCAAGAACCAUCACGGUCAAGAACCAUCACAGUCAAGAACCAUCACAGUCAAGAACCAUCACAGUCAAGAACCAUCACGGUCAAGAACCAUCACAGUCAAGAACCAUCACGGUCAAGAACCAUCACAGUCAAGAACCAUCACGGUCAAGAACCAUCACGGUCAAGAACCAUCACGGAGUGA